GCACAACAAACUAAUUAUUUUAUUAGCUGUCAUAUCAAAUCCAAAUAUAACAAAUAAAAUAUUAAAUAAUAAUUUUCUUAAAUAUAUUUGACAAAAUAAAAACCGUCAAUUUAAAUUCCCCUUAUAUAUAAAUCUCAUGAUUAUGAACAUGUAAAUAAAAAAGAAAAAUAAACCGCCAAUUUAAGUCCGAAUAUUCAGCAAUUAAUGAACGUGGUCAUUAAAAUAAUAAAAUCUCUAUUUUUAACAUUUUCAUUUUUUUCCCCCCUUCUUCUCAUCACAAUUAAAUUAAAUAAAUAACUCAUUAAAUUAUUAAUUAAUUUUAUCACAAAUCUCACCCCCUUUAAAUCCUCCUUCACCUACAUUAUACCUUACAACACAACUAUCCUUUUUUCCCUUUUCUUUUUUUUUUCUUUCUUUCUCCAUAUACCAUGAAAAAUUCUCUAAUAAUUUUUCAUAAUUGCUUCUUCAAAUUACUAGUAAUUAUAAUCAACAUUAUUUUGUUCAUCAAUAAUAAUGUUGAUUUUCUAGUAGAAGCAAAACAAAACAAGCUACUACAUCCUCCCUUCAAAAAAAAGGGUGCAAAUUGUGAUUUAUAUGAUGGAAAAUGGGUUAUUGAUUAUAAUUAUCCACUUUAUAAUGCAAAAAAUUGUCCAUUUUUACUUCAACAAUUUGAUUGUGUAAAGAAUGGUAGACCAGAUAAAGCAUAUCUCAAGUAUAGAUGGCAACCCACAGAUUGUAACUUAGCCAGGUGGGAUGGAAGUGACUUCAUGAGAAGAAUUAAAAACAAGAAGGUAUUAUUCGUGGGAGAUUCAUUGAGCUUGAAUCAAUGGCAAUCUUUGGCUUGCAUGCUUCAUUCUGCCUUUCCAAGUCUUAAUUACUCUGUCACCAGAAAUGGACCACUCAUGUCAACCUUUUCUAUACCCUCAAAGCAAGUGAGAUUGAGUUAUGUGAGAAAUGCAUUGCUAGUAGACAUAGUGAAGGAGAAAUCAAAAAGAGUAUUAAAGUUGGACUCAGUUGCAAUUUCUUCAAAGCUGUGGACUGGUUAUGACAUUUUGAUAUUUGAUACUUGGCAUUGGUGGAUUCAUACGGGAAGAAAACAACCAUGGGAUUUGAUUCGCGAUGGGAAAAUCCUACGUCGAGAUAUGGAUCGUUUAAAAGCUUAUGAAAAAGCCUUAAUAACAUGGGGUAAAUGGAUUUCCAACAACAUUAAUUUCAAGAAAACUAAGGUCUUUUUUCAAGGCAUCUCACCUGAUCAUAGCAAUGGCACUCAAUGGGGUAAAAAAUCCAACCAAAUGCAAUGCAAAGGUGAACAAAAUCCAGUAAAAAAACUGAGUUACUCAGGAGGUGAAGAUGAAGCAGAUAUAUUAUUGGGGAAAAUAUUGAGCAAAACAAAAAAGCCAAUACAUAUGUUGAAACUCAACAAAAUGUCACAAUAUAGAGUUGAUGGUCAUCCUUCUAUUUAUGGUAACCCUAGAUAUAAAGGAAUGGAUUGUACACAUUGGUGUUUACCUGGUGUACCUGAUAUUUGGAAUCAACUUCUUUAUGCUAAUCUCAUUUAAAUUAACAAAAUAAACAAAAGCAUUAUCAUAUCACCAAACAUUUGAAAGAAAUGACAAAAUUAUAUAUCACAAAUAUUUGUUACUACUACUCAAGUUGGGAAAUAUUUUAUUUUAUAUGGUACAUCGAUCUGAUAAUACUUAAAAAUUUACAUUUCAUAAACUCGCAAAAAAG